AUGGAAAGAGGAAAGGAGAAAAAGGUUUCCAAUAAAUUGCAAGAAACUUUUCACCAUUCUAAAGAACCUACCUUCCUUAUCAACAAGGACGUCCUAUCUAGUGACUCCCAUUCUAGUCUUUUGCCAGAUACAGUGUGUGUCAAUACUGGUGAAAAAAUAAAGAGAAGCACUCAGAAAAAUAGACCUGGAACUGUGAUACUGUCAAAACCAUCAAGUAGGAGAAUUAUGUCACAAAGCCACUUUAGCCCACCUGUGAUCCCAUCUCGCAGGCCUGGAUUCCGGGUAUGCUAUAUCUGUGGCCGAGAAUUUGGGUCCCAGUCCCUUGCUAUUCAUGAGCCCCAGUGCUUGGAGAAGUGGCGUAUUGAAAACAGCAAGUUGCCCAAGCACCUGAGGAGACCAGAACCCUCCAGACCACAGCCUCUCAGUGGCAGUGGGUCCUACAAUCUCCAGGCAGCAAAUGAGGCUGCAUUUCAGAGUGCCCAGGCUCAGCUGCUGCCCUGCAAAUUCUGCGGUCGCACGUUCUUGCUAGAUCGUCUCCUUGUUCACCAGAGAAGCUGCAAGCCAAAGGGUGAGGAUCCCAGAGCACCAAACCCCAACAGUUCUGACGAUCUUACUGGUCUCAAGAAAUCUUCUGGUAGAAUCCCAGCCCAACAAAGGACUCUCAUCUGCUAUAUUUGUGGCAGAGAAUUUGGCACACUGUCCCUUCCUAUUCAUGAGCCCAAAUGUCUGGAAAAGUGGAAAAUAGAAAAUGACCAACUCCCUAAGGAGCUCCGCCGGCCCCUCCCACAGAAGCCUCAGCCCCUUUCAACUGGACAGUUCAGCCAAGAGGGGCCAAGUCAAGCUCAGCUUGUGCCCUGCCCAAAUUGCAACUGGACCUUUGCCCCAGACUGCCUUCUGGUACACCAGAGAAGUUGCAAAGCUCAACCUAGUGGGCCAAGAGAUCAGAGUUUGACCUUAGAGGGUAAAGGUGGCUUAAAAGAGUCCACCAAUUCCAAGCAGCAAAGCAACAUGGCAGCACCCAGUGUAACUGAUAAGGUAACUUAUAUCACAUAA